AUGCCGAACCAACAUCCUCCCAUCACGGCUGUCGUCGAACGGCCUCAAACCAGAGCUGGCCCCAACGAAAGUAGCCCACCACCACCAGUCCCCUCAAAGGACAUCAACAGACGCAAGAGCAAGAGCAAUAUGUCCUUCUCCGAACGAAAAGCCCAGCAGGUAUCCGGCCCUCAGACCACCAGUUCAGACUCCGAUACCGUCAAAUUACGACCUUCAAAGCCUAUCUCUACCGAGGACAAUGACGGGAAUAACGACACAAACCAGGACCAAAUCCAGAGCCUUAACAAGAUUAUGCGAGACAUCGACCGUCCUCCCCCAGGAGACGUUGUGACAGCUGGACCCAAGCGAGUGUCAAAGUUAUCAUCCUCAUCCAAGCGGGCAUCAAUGGCUGAGCUGCCAAGACAAAAGAGCAACCUCAACUUUUGGGAAGGCGCUUUUUCUAUUAGCGAGGUCAGUCCGGCAAAGGAAAGGAUACGUGGUGAUGCGAUUGUUAUGGCGGAGGUUAAGACGAAUGUCAUUGUGGGUCGCCCUGCAUCCCUCCCCUUCUCCUUUUUACCUUCUUUACGCACUGAACGUACUGACCAACCCGUCUAUAUCCGUCACCACCAGAUAAGCGAUGAAUUCACUUUCAUAACUGAGCUCAGUUAUCACCUCUCGUCUCGAUACCAACGCCCAGUGUCCUCCAUCGUUGUCACCCUCCACCACGGCGCUUGCAUGUUGUUCGGCGGAACUUUUGACCCAGCGUACGUGAUUUCCGUCUCGGCUUUGCCGAGCCACUUGCAGCCAACCACAAACAAGCGCAAUGCGGCGCUGAUCCAGAAGCAUCUCGAGGAGGCGAUUGGGGUGAAUCCGUCGAGGGGAUUGCUGAAGUUCGUUCCUGUGCCAGAGGAUUGUUUGGCAAGCGGUGGGAUAACCGUGAGUGGGGAGAUGGAGAUGGCCGAGAAGGGAGUUAUUUCUGGUGAUGGGUUGCCGUUGUCGAAGACUUUUAUGCCUGGAGGAACUGAGACUAAGGAAGGAGAGAGUAUUUUGUCGAUGAAGAAGUCGAGAGGGAGGAUGAAGCUUAAUGUGAAGAAAUCCCUGGCCAACUUCAAACAAGCAACAGCCGCCGUCCCCGAGCCAGAGCCAACGGACCUCAGGCACACCCAGCAAACCCAAACCAAAACCCAAGCCCGUGAUCACAGCCAUCGCCACCGACACGGAGAAGUCACGCCCCCAACAAGCGCGGACGACUCUCCCCUCCCCGUCCCUGAACGGACGAGUUCACAUUCCUCGCCCCGAAGAGGAGGAAAUUUACCAACAACAGAGACUCGAGGACACUUUGAGUAUCCCACUCGCAACGAACCUAUCACUGGCAUUACUUCAGCUGUCCAGCAACAGCAACAUCAGCCGAAGAAAAGGAAAAGCUUUGUCUCGACAAUCUUCAGUAGGUCUAGCUCGAGAGCAGAGCGGCGUGAUGGACGAACUACAGUUUUGCCUACGAUUAUGUCGGACAGGAGUUUGUGA